AUGUGCAAUACUUUUCAUUUAUGCCUAAAAACCUCUUACUCCUGCUCAAACAACAGCAACCUCAGCAAUCCGAACAGCAACCACAGCAUCGGCGAUUCCAGCAAGCCGCAGACGACGGUGCAACCCGCCGUAAGCAAGAGGUCCACAGCAAUCGCUCCGGCCAAAAGCACGAUCACCGGAAACUCCCUGCCCAUGCACAUCUCGCCCAACUUCAUCGAGCACAAGUACUCGGGGCUCGCCAUGAAUGAGAAGUUCUUCCUGAAUCUGAGGGCGGGCAAAGCCGUGUCCAGCUCCUCGGGAGGCGACGGAGUGACUUCGACCCUGGGACACCAAUCGGAAGUGGCUAUUUCCGGAUCAGGAGGAGGCGGGGGCCUGCGAGCGGUUGCUGUGGGCCAAAUGUGCGCGCUCCAAAACGAGCACAUACACCAAAAUCUGUACAAGAAAACGAUCAACUGA